CCGAAAGUGAGGAGUUAACGUUCACAUUGGAUUGGAUAUUUCUGUGAAAAAUCUGUUCCAUGGAAAAUUAUUCAAGAGAUGAAAAAAUUGGUGAAGGGACAUAUGGAGUAGUUUAUAAAGCACGACAUAAGCAAACAGGAAAACAAUAUGCCUUGAAGAAAAUUAAACUUGAAAAUGAGCCGGAGGGCGUGCCGUCGACGGCGCUGCGCGAGAUCUCGGUGCUGCGCGCGCUGCGCCACCCCGCCGUCGUGCGCCUCUACGAGGUGAUUCUCUACGAGAAGAAGCUGUUCCUUCUCUUUGAGUUCCUGCACAUGGAUCUCAAGCGGCUCAUGGACAUCACUAAGGGGCCGUUACCGCCCGAUCUCGUGAAGAGCUACCUGCGGCAGCUGGUGGAGGGCAUCGCGUACUGCCACUCGCAGCGCGUGCUGCACCGCGACCUCAAGCCGCAGAACCUGCUCGUGGACGCCGAGGGCCGCAUCAAGCUGGCGGACUUCGGGCUCGCGCGCGCCUUCUCCAUCCCCGUGCGCGCCUACACGCACGAGGUCGUCACGCUGUGGUACCGCGCGCCCGAGAUCCUGCUCGGCGCCAAGUUCUACUCGACCGCCGUCGACGUCUGGAGUCUCGCCUGCAUCUACGCGGAGAUGGCGAGCGGGCGCACGCUGUUCCCGGGCGACAGCGAGAUCGACCAGCUGUUCCGCGUGUUCCGCGCGCUGGGCACGCCGGGCGCGGCGGGCGCGUGGCCGGGCGCGCGCCUGCUGCCCGACUUCCGCGCCGCCUUCCCCGCCUGGCCGGCGCGGGCGCCGCGCGCGCUGCUGCCGCCCGCCGCGCGCGCGCAGCCGCACGCCGCCGCGCUCUUCGACCUCAUGCUGCGCUACGAGCCCAGCCAGCGCCUGGCGCCGCGCGCCGCGCUGCUGCACCCCUACCUGGCGGCCGCGCGCCGCGUGCCGCCGCCGCUGCCGCCCCGCGACGCCGACUGACGCGGUGUAUCAUUAUGUAGCUACCUAUAUUGUUUCUCUUUAUUUUGAUCGCAGUAAUGACGGGUGGAAAAUGUGCUUUUAUACCGAAAACAAAGCUAUAUCUGUUAUCCAACUGGAAAGUUAAACGAAACCGACGCUGUGCGGCGCCAUCAAUAUUUUUUUUUGGGGAACGUAACCUGAAAUGUCUACUGUAUAAUGCAGAAAGACGAGACCCUCUCGUGGAGAUGUCGCGAGACACGUCCGGCUCGCGGCAUCGGCCACUGCGUUCCAUAACUUGUAAAUAUCUGAUAUUUUUUACACAGCUAAUGAAAUAAACAUUAAAAAUGUAUACCAUA